AUGCCUUCCCAAGGAGAGAACAUCCAAUACCUCUACCAGGUCCUUACCGAAGGCGGCAAUCCCACCAUCGACUUUGCUAAAGUCGGAGAAGUACUCGAUCUGAAGAUAGGAGCCGUCACCAAGCGCUGGUCUCGCCUCAAGCAGGCCAUGAAAGCUGGCACAGUUCCGAACGACUCGGCCUACCCGUUCCUCUGGCUCUGCGUCAAGCACAGCACUCACCAGACUCUGAACUGGGAGGCAAUCGCUAAGGCAUGCAACCUCACUGUGGGCGCGGCCUCCAAGCGAUACUCCCGCAUGAAGAUCGCCUUCGAGAAGGGCGAGGCCAUGCCUGAGACUCCCAAGAAGGAACCGAAGGCAGCUGGAGGCGCCGGUACCAAGCGCAAGCGUGCCUCUACUUCUCCCAAGGCCAAGGUCGUCAAAGAAGAGGCUGCUUCUGAGCAUGGUGAGAAUGAUGGUGAGGACCAGGCACCAGCACCAAAGCCAAAGGCUGCGAAGGCCAAGGCCAAGGUCGAGAAGUCUGAGACAGUGCCCAAGCCCAAGCGUGCUCGUACAGUCAAGAAGACCAAGAAAUCCGAGGUGAACGUCAAGACCGAAGACGAUUCCGACCACGAGAAGGAAGUCGACAAGAGUGUGGCCGAUGCGUCCACCAAUGCCGAGCUCAUGGCUGAACUAGAGGCCGUUGUGAAUGCUGCGGGUGGAGAUGUUGGAGAUGUCGACGAGGUGUUCUUCGACGCUGAAGAGUCAAGUCUUCUUAGCGGUACCGAGGAUGAGACCAUUGCUGCUUCUCAGACCCGCGUCAGAGAUUGGUUGCAAAGCUGCGAUCUCGCGAGAGAGACCGACAUCUGA